CUUUUCUUCGUUUGCCCAGUUUGGUAUAUGUGAACAGCUACUUUCCUGUCUAUCAGAGUCAUCAGACUCCAUACACAUUAUGGCUCGCGAGGAGCUUAUCUCCUCCGCUGUUUCCUUUCUUUCAGAUCCGUCGGUGGCAUCGUCACCUAUCGAGAAGAGAAUCGCAUUCCUCCAGUCCAAGAACUUGACACAAGAUGAAAUCAACAUUGCCCUCUCACGGGUAGGCGAAGACCCAUCACCAUCAAUAGCUCCAUCUCAAGGGCCCUCCUCUCAACAACAAUCCAUUUAUCGACCUCCCCCACAAGCAUAUGGCGGAUACGGAUACCCCCCAUAUGGACAAUGGCAACCUCCACCAGAGCUCCCAAAGAGGGACUGGAGAGAUUGGUUUAUCAUGGCUACAGUGGUGGGUGGUGUGGGCUAUGGUCUCUAUUUCAUCGCAAAGCGCUAUAUUACCCCUCUUAUCGCACCUCCUACUCCUCCACAACUGGAGCAGGAUAAGGCGCACAUUGAUGAAGAAUUCUCUCGAGCCUUUGCCCUGAUUGAUCAACUUUCUACCGAUACGUCAGCGCUGAAAUCAGCGGAAGAGGCACGCACGGAGCGUCUAGAUGCUACACUGAAGGAGGUCGAAAAUGUUAUUGCAGAUCUGAAGACCGCAUCGCGCCGGCGGGACGAUGAUGUUCGUAGAAUGAAUGAUGAAGUCAAGUCAUUGAAAGACGCAAUUCCCAAGGCGUUGCAAGGUGCCCGGGAAGGCAAUGAGAACAGACUGAGAGAACUUGGCUCCGAGCUAAGGAGCCUAAAGCUUUUGCUCGGUAACAGACUUGGUGGCAGUGCUGGUACUACCUCUCCUGGCCCUGGAAGACCAGUUGGAUCGAUGUUACCUGGAACAUCUCGACCAGCCGAUGAAUCCUCCACCGCUUCCAUCACUGCUACUAAUGGCACGACAGCAGCUCCUACGGAACAAGGUUCGCAGGCACCGACCACCACGACCCAAAGCACACCCUCUGCGGUAAAGACCCCCCUUUCACAGCUUGGAAGAUCAGCUACCAUCCCCGCCUGGCAGAUGGCAGCGGCAAACAGGUCUAAGAAUGAGUCAUCACCAACGUCUACUCCCAGCGCCACGGUCAGCACGAGCACGUCAGGCGAGACAAAUGAGCAACAGCAGAGCGGUUCUUCCAGCUGAUAGAUUGCGAAGUGUCUUCUGUAUUCUGUGCAACUAGUCUUUGGCAUUGUACAUUCUUCUGAUCCGCCUUUUCUUUCAUUCUAUUAUUGUAUUUACAACCGAAAAGACCUGGCUCUUAGGCAGUCUCUCCUAGGGAACGAGUUUGAUGAAAAGUG